AUGGCCGAGUCUGUUGUCUCUUUUGUCGUGGAAAGACUUGGUGAUUUGCUAAUCAACGAAGCAAAAUUCCUUCCUUCCGUGGCCACCACCCAAGUUGAGCAAAUUCAAGCUGAGCUAAAGCGAAUGCAAGAGAUUGCUCUCGAUGUCCAAGACGUGCUGGAAACUUAUGCCUUCCGAGUUUCGUCAAGGAAUGAUGAAGGAAUCCUCAGAAGAUGUCGUGGGAUAUUGAAAGAGCCAAUAGUCCUCCACAAAAUUGGGUCCAAGAUUAAGGCUAUUGAAACCAAGAUUUCUAACCUGACUAAAAGUCUACAAACUUAUGGCAUAAAAGCUAUGAGCGAAGGGGAAAGUUCAAAUUCUGCAAAUGAGAAACUACUGCGGCUAAGGAGGUCCUAUUCUCAUGUUGUGGAUGAAGAUUUUGUUGGGUUGGAGGGAGAUGUAGAGCACUUGUUUGGUGAAUGA